AUGCAGCUUCUCUGGGUGGUUGCAAUGUUGGGCGUGGUGACAGCCGAGUGUCCAGCAAGCUUGCUACAGACAAUUUCGACCUGUUAUGCGCCGUAUCUGCGAUUUUUUGGUGUUUCCGCUGGCAAGAACCUACCGGUCCCGUCAAGCUGGCAAGUACCCAGGGAGCAAAUGUACCAGAAAGAUGGCCGUAACGCAAUUUUCCCAGUCUGCAGCAAUACGUGGACAUUGGCCGACUGCUUGCGCAAGAACCUUCCCGUCCCACGUGAAUGCUACGAAGCGCUUGGACUGAGCGCCGCCGACGCUUCCAACUACCAAACGGACGUUAUGAGUAUGGAAUUCCAGUGCACCACUGGAAUUGAUGCGCUUUACAAUAAUUUCGACUGCUACCGUUCGGCGGCCGAGCACUACCAGGCCCAGUUCGAACAGUGCACCGCCGACUAUGGGAAAAAUGUGAGGGUUGACGUUUGCAAGGCGAUGAACGGAUUGAUGGACUGCCGAUCAAGCAUUUAUGGAAAAGCGUGUGGUGAUCAGCUGAAAGCUUUGACCUGCGGAAUUUCGAGGGUUGCCCUCAACCUGGUCGACCCAACCUGCGACGCCGACGGAAAGCUCAACAAGUGCCCGGCACCCAAC